GUCUUCGGUUUACUUCAGUUGAAUGAAAGACGCCGUGGCGUGUUUACAUUUCUUUUACGCGCAACUCUUAUUACGUUAUCUCCGUUGUGUAAUUUCUGUCGCAUAUCUCGCACGCGGCGCAUUAUAAUGAGAAAGUGAGUAAAAUUGAUUUUUAUUUUCAAUGUGCGCGAUCCCCUUGCGAUUGCAAUUUAUUGCGCGCAACUUUGCCGCAAUGUUGGAGCAAUAAAAACAACGUGCGCCGAUCUGUUCUCAGUGGAAGAGCCACGUUUCUUCUGCGUUCACCGUAAUUGACCAGUAGACAGACUUCGUUGAAUCCAAAGAGUUCCACGCAGCAAUCGGCGAUCAGGUCGGGUCAACAACGGGUUUUUUUUUCCAGAGCGAACGUUUGCGAACGAACGCGAGGAAGAGCGAUAAUGCGAUCGAAACGACGAUAAGGUCAGAAUUUUGAUCGCCAAGUUCAAAGUCAUGUAUCGAUCAGCUGGAACGAGGUCCACGGUCUGUCGGCUGACCGCGAUUGUCACCGUGAUUAUCUUGGGAACAGCGGCGGCUCUCGAAGGACCGAACAUAUGCACCCGGCAAGAAACAUACACGAUAACGGUGAAAGUAUCCGAGCAGAAACCUUAUACCGUGCGAGAGAACACGUGGUGCUUCAGUUUCCCACCGAGAUGCUCCAAAUAUAAAGUUGUCUACAGGACGGUUUACAAGGAACAGGAACUGGUGAAACAAAAACCCGUAGAAGAAUGUUGCAAAGGCUACACGCAAACCACAAACGGCAACCGUUGCAUUCCUGUCUGUUCCGACGAUUGCCGCCACGGUACUUGUAUCGCCCCCGAUAUCUGCAAGUGUGAAUCGGGAUAUGGCGGGCCGUUGUGCGACUUCAAAUGCCCGUUGGGUAAAUGGGGCAGAGAUUGCGAGAUAAAUUGCAAGUGCCAGAACGGGGCCACGUGUGAUCCGUUCGAUGGCAAGUGCAUAUGCACGAGAGGUUGGACCGGCGUGUACUGCGAUCAAAAGUGUCCUCCCAACCGAUAUGGGCAGGAUUGUGCCGAGGAAUGCCGUUGUAGAAACGGCGGUAGGUGCCAUCACAUUUCUGGCGAAUGUCACUGUGCCUCCGGUUACACCGGACCGUUGUGCGAUGAUUUAUGUCCAUUGGGUAAACACGGCGAAGAAUGCAAGUCGGAAUGUCGUUGUCAAAAUGGCGGGUCCUGCAGUCCAUUGACCGGCGAAUGCUAUUGUACCCCUGGCUGGACGGGUUCGGUCUGCGCGAAUCGAUGCCCGGAGGGUUUCUGGGGCAAGAACUGUUCUCAAACCUGCGACUGUUAUAACGAUGCUAGUUGCCAUCACGUGACGGGAGAGUGCCAGUGCAAACCGGGCUUUUACGAUGACAAAUGUCUAAAGAUCUGUCCCGCGGGUACGUUCGGACUAAAUUGCGCAAAUAAUUGCACUUGCGAAAACAAUGCCAUCUGCAUUCCUAGUAACGGGACCUGCGUAUGCAAUCCGGGCUGGAUAGGUAAAACAUGCGGCCAACGUGCUUGCGACGAUGGUUUCUACGGACCCAAUUGCGCAAAGAUUUGCGAAUGCGAGGAUGAUCAUACGGAAUUGUGCCAUGCGUGGACCGGGCAAUGUUCCUGCAAAGUGGGAUGGGAUGGCGAGACCUGCGCGAGGCCGUGUCCCUUCUACACGUAUGGCAAAGGUUGCCAGAAUCGUUGCGACUGCAAGAACAACGCUCAAUGUUCACCAAUCGACGGCUCUUGUAUCUGCGCGGCCGGUUAUCGCGGCAAGGAUUGCAGUGAAUUGUGCCCCGAAAAUACCUUCGGCGAGGAUUGCGCGCAGAAGUGUGCCUGCAAAAACGGAGCCACUUGUUCUCCCGAGAAUGGACGCUGCAACUGUACUGCCGGAUGGGUUGGUGUACUGUGCGAUCGUCCAUGCGACGACAAGUCUUACGGCAAGGACUGCGAGAGCAAAUGCAACUGCUUUAACAAUGCAGCCUGCAAUCCGCAAAAUGGCACGUGCACGUGUGCGGCUGGUUUCACUGGCACGCUGUGCCAGGAUCGUUGUAAAAAGGGCUUCUUCGGGAAAGGAUGCGAUCAAAUUUGCGACUGUGUUGAGGAAAACACCGUUUACUGUGACUCCACCACCGGGCGUUGCAGAUGCAAGGCAGAAUGGCAAGGGAUUCGAUGCGAAACAAAAUGCCCGGAAGGUCUUUACGGCGAAGAUUGUCACUCGCGUUGCGAAUGCAUGAAUAAUAGUUCGUGUGAUCCCACGACCGGAAGUUGCGUCUGCGCCAGGGGCUGGGAAGGUCCCGAUUGCUCGCAACCCUGCAAAGAAGGAUGGUACGGAAUGGGAUGCAAAGAGAAAUGUCCGGAAAAGAUGAACGGAAACAUGACUUGCGAUCAUGUGACUGGCGAGUAUGUUUGCCGUCCGGGAUACCUGGGUCUGACUUGCGAACAUCCGUGUCCCACGAAUCGUUAUGGGCUAAACUGUGCUAAUUAUUGUCACUGUAAGAACGGCGGAGAAUGUCAUCACGUGACAGGUGUAUGUCAAUGCCGACCUGGCUGGCAAGGCAAGUUCUGUCAAACACCAUGCGCGGAGGGUACGUACGGUGUAAAUUGCACGCAGCAUUGCAAAUGUCAAAAUGGUGGAAAAUGCCGAUCCAACGAUGGUCAUUGUCGAUGCGCGGCGGGAUGGACCGGAACUACGUGUACUGAGAUUUGCCCCGAAGGAUAUUAUGGUGAUCAUUGCAUGGAACCUUGCGAGUGUAAAAAUGACUUCUUCACAUGCCAUCCGGCCGAAGGCUGCAUCUGUAGGCAUGGAUAUACAGGUGAAAACUGCGACGAACAGUUAUUCUCCCGCAAUAUUCAGGAGAAAGAAGAGGGAGGAUACGGACACAUUGUGGCAGUCAUAUUUGCAGCUAUAAUUGUAAUUGGCAUUUCAUUCACUGGAUGGAUGUAUCAUCGUCGCAGAGUAGCUGAUCUCAAGAACGAAAUAGCUCAAGUGCAAUAUACAGCCGAGCCUAUAUCUCCGCCAGAACGAAACCAAUUCGAUAAUCCCGUGUACGCGUAUCAAGGUUCCUCAAAGUUUGACGACGGCACUACUACUUUACUAAACAACUUCCAAUUCCGAAAUAAUCUUCUUAAAAAUAUAAAUACUGAGAAGGCUAAACUAGGUAAUUGCACUGACGACGAGGACGAUUGUAAAGGAGCGUACGGAUUGCAGUAUGACCUGAAGAAUAGAGAUGCUGAUAUGGGAAAUCCAAAUUUGAAUGUAUACCACAGCAUCGAUGAAAUGGACGGUAAGAAAGUCGAACAUGUCUACGAUGAGAUUAAGCAGAACAACGAGUCGGAAUACGAUGAGUUGAAUCAACCACGGCCAGUAAGCUGGAAACCGCAUUCGAGUCGAACAACCAAUGGCUUUUUGCCGAAAUCGCGCGACAAUCCUGGACCUAGCACGGCGACAGAAAAGGAUCUGGAAAGUUAAAUCUAAGGUUCUUGCGCAACGUUCCUCACUUUCAACUGCCCAGGUUUGGAAUAGAACUCGUCUCCAUUUUUUAUUCGUAGACUGUGUCCUUUCUAUGAAUGAAUCUGUGGUAUUAUUUUCAUCAUUGUAUUAUUUUCAUUUCGAAAAAUUUCUUAAGUCUCCAUGAAGGAAGAGAAAAAAUAUUAUUAU